AUGAUACCAUCCUACAUUCCGUAUUCCCAACGACAGACCACAGUUGAUUUUGCAUGGACGACUAAAGUGGAUCAUAUUUUGUUAUGCAGUCACUUCCAUCUUCAAGAAGGCGGUAUGACGCCGCUACUCACCCGAUUCCGGCAACCUCCAUAUCUUUACAAUCUGAAAGUAUUCUUCGUUAACCUCCGAUUCAGCCUCUUUUUCCUGGUGACAGUGGUGUAG